AUGUCGUCCAGCACCGCCACCAGCACUGCCACCAGCACUGCCACCACGUCGUCCAGCACCGCCACCAGCACUGCCACCACGUCAACCAGCACUGCCACCAGCGCUGCCACCAGCGCUGCCACCACAUCGUCCAGCGCUGCCACCACGUCGUCCAGCACUGCCACCACGUCGUCCAGCACUGCCACGUCCAGCUCUUUGGGGUCCAAAGGUGACGGCAGUUGGACCGAUGAUGCUCUGCUGGCUGAAGCUCUCGCCACUUUUGAAAGGCAAGGGGACACUGACCCGAGCCCUCCCGGAAAAGAGGCUGAACCAGAGCCUCCACACCAGCCACAGACAGACUCCAUUCCACAGCCACCUGGUCCUCCUCCAGCACCUGGUGGUCAACAUGGGAGGACCUUUGAUGUUACUGGCGCAGCGCUGCUGCCAAGCAAAGCCCCUGUGACCCCGGCAACAGUGGCUGCUAAACCUGAGAUAAUAUUUGAGGGAUGGCAUAAAUCGUGGGAGUCUGGUCCUCACGGGCUCCCCAAAGCAGACGUCAGGUGGCUGAAAGAGGAUGCUGAAAGAGGGCUCUUCCAGAAGGAACACGGAAACAUCAGAAAGAGGAAAGUCCUCAAGGGUGACAGGAUGUGGUUUGAUCUCCCCGAGUAUCCUGGAGUGGUGAAGGACACUUUUCUGUACCGCUGUGGCUACUCCAAAACGGUCAGACAGAUCUGCCACAUGUCUGGCUGGUACUCCAUGCUGACAGAGGUCCUGGCCUGUAACGCGUGCAGGAAAGCUGCUAAGGAGACUGAGCAACAUGUCAUCGGUCGCUUUGUGGCGUGGGAAGCAGCCAUAAUUAACCAGCUCAGCCCAGCUCACCGAGCCGCGUUCCCUGCCAUCUUAACACUAAUGCGUGGCGUGGACAAGCAGGUGGUCUGGCUGAUGAGGGAUCGCAGUGAGGGCAACACCAUGACCAAGGUCCAGGACUGA